GAUUUCAUCAGCACUCAAAGAGUAUGUGAUCCGAUACCGGAAGAAGGGAAUGAAAGGAAGGCCAAUGCCAUUUCGGACAGUAUACCAGUAUUAGGUGAACCUAUUAUGACUUCGACACAGAGACCCACGUUAUUUCUUUCUCAAGCUGUGCAUGCACGCAGUGAUUUGUUCGGAAGGGAACCCACACAGGAGGUAAAAACUUACCAUUGUGAGAAGGCGUACAAUUACUUCCAUGCAAAACCAACUAAAACAUUCGAUGCCCGAGCAAAGAAAUCGGACAAAGCGCCUUGGUUGGAUCUUCCGACGAAGAAACGUAGUGGCUCCAAAGAAGUCAAACAAUGGGAGCAUGGAAGCAGUACUUCAACCAUGCACGACGAUGAUUCAGUGGCUUCCAAAAGGUCCUUCCGGUCUCUCGUAGCCGCAGAUCGUCGUGCUCCACUCCUAGAGCACAUUCUCGGUGUUCUGAGAAUCCAAUUCUCACAGCUGUUA